GCACAGACUCUAUUGAACACAAAUUUAACAUUAUUAACACAUUUUCUCCCAAUUUUCACCAAUAAACUUGCCUUUGACGUGUUGUCUUCUCCAAUCUCCAAUUCCACCUCUCCUGUAAAACAAAAAAGAAUCUUCCCAUCUCACAAACUUCUUUUCAUAUAUAUAAUAUACACAAAAUAUACACUUUGUAUAUCCUUAAAAAAUACUUCACCUUUCCCUUUUGACUUUCCAUUUCUUCUUCUUCAUCAUCUCCAUCUCCUUCUUUUCUUUCUCCUUGUGUUUUAAAUUUUUUAUAGUUUAUUUUUUUUUCUGAAUGGAAUUAUCUUGUUCAUCUCCACUUUCUGUGAACUUCAAUCCUCAACUUCGUCGCUAUGUUUCUGUAUAUCCUCAAAGAAAACAAACUGUUUUUUCCAUUUUCCCAUAUUGCCCUUCUUCAACUACAACAACUACUUGUUCUACAAGCAGUUCAACUUCAUCCCUUUUUGGUAUUUCGCUUUCACAUAAACCCCACAACUCAAUCACACGUAAAAACAAACGUUCUUUAUAUAUAAUAUCAGGUGUGUUUGAAAGAUUUACAGAAAGAUCAAUAAAAGCUGUAAUGUUUUCACAAAAAGAAGCAAAAGCUUUGGGUAAAGAUAUGGUGUAUACACAGCAUCUUUUAUUAGGUCUCAUAGCAGAGGAUCGUAGCCCUGGUGGAUUUCUUGGUUCUAAAAUAAGUAUUGAAAAAGCACGUGAAGUUGUUAAGAGUAUAUGGAAUGAUGAUGUAAAUGAAUCUGAAAAUAAUAUAGUAAAAUUGGGGUCUAAUGAAUCAGUUACUUCAGCUACUGACGUGGCGUUUUCGUCGAGUACUAAGAGGGUAUUUGAGGCUGCUGUUGAGUAUUCAAGGACUAUGGGGUAUAAUUUUAUUGCACCUGAACAUAUUGCUAUUGGUUUGUUUACUGUUGAUGAUGGCAGUGCUGGUCGUGUGCUCAAGAGGUUAGGAGUAAAUAUAAAUCGGUUGGCAGCUGAGGCAGUUUCCAGGCUUCAAGGAGAGCUUGCUAAAGAUGGUAGAGAGCCAAUUUCAUUCAAAAGGUCACGCGAGAAAUCCUUUCCGGGAAAAAUAACUAUCGACAGAUCCGCUGAGAAAACAAAAGCAGAGAAAAAUGCUCUGGAGCAAUUUUGUGUAGAUCUUACUGCCCGUGCAAGUGAGGGCCUUAUAGAUCCAGUAAUUGGCAGGGAGACUGAAGUUCAGAGAAUUAUCGAGAUACUCUGUCGCCGAACAAAAAACAAUCCUAUUCUGCUUGGUGAAGCUGGGGUUGGGAAAACAGCGAUAGCCGAAGGGCUGGCGAUAAACAUUGCUGAGGGAAAUAUUCCUGCAUUCUUAAUGAAAAAGCGGGUAAUGUCUUUAGACGUUGGCCUAUUGAUUUCGGGUGCAAAGGAGAGAGGUGAAUUAGAGGCACGUGUGACUACAUUAAUUAAGGAGGUAAAAAAGUCAGGUCAUGUCAUUCUAUUCAUUGAUGAGGUCCACACCCUUGUUGGUGCUGGCACAGUUGGACGGGGAAAUAAGGGUUCUGGUCUUGACAUGGCUAAUUUGCUAAAGCCACCACUUGGCCGGGGUGAACUGCAGUCUAUUGCAUCUACCACCAUGGAUGAGUUCAGAUUGCAUAUUGAGAAAGACAAGGCCUUUGCCCGAAGGUUCCAGCCCGUCUUGAUUAAUGAACCAAAUCAGGCGGAUGCUGUCCAGAUACUGUUGGGGUUGCGUGAAAAAUAUGAGUCACAUCACAAGUGUAGAUACAGUCUGGAAGCCAUAAAUGCUGCUGUGCAACUAUCAGCAAGAUAUAUACCGGAUAGGUAUCUUCCUGACAAAGCUAUCGAUCUUAUGGAUGAGGCUGGUAGUAAAUCUCGUAUGCAAGCUCACAAAAGAAGAAAGGAACAGCAGAUAUCUGUACUCUCACAACCACCAAGUGAUUAUUGGCAGGAAAUUAGAGCUGUUCAAGCCAUGCAUGAAGUGAUCCUGGCAAGCAAGCUGACUGAAAAUGAUGAUGCGUCUCGUUUGAAUGAUGGCAGGGAACUUGAUUUGCAGCCAGCAUCGUCUUCUACAUCUGAUGAAGAUGAACCCCCAGUAGUUGGACCUGAGGAAAUAGCAGCAGUUGCUUCACUCUGGACAGGCAUUCCCCUUAAGCAGCUUACUGUUGACGAACGAAUGCUUCUGGUUGGUCUUGAUGAGCAGCUUAAGAAAAGAGUUGUUGGUCAGGACGAGGCUGUUACAUCCAUUUGUCGGGCUGUUAAGAGAUCCAGAACUGGCCUCAAGGACCCAGAUAGACCAAUUUCGGCGAUGCUCUUCUGUGGUCCUACUGGAGUUGGAAAAUCUGAACUGGCUAAAGCUCUGGCAGCAUCUUAUUUUGGUUCGGAAUCUGCCAUGCUCAGAUUGGAUAUGAGCGAAUACAUGGAGCGGCAUACUGUGAGCAAGUUAAUUGGAUCGCCUCCUGGUUAUGUAGGCUAUGGAGAAGGAGGGACUCUUACUGAAGCUAUCAGGAAAAAACCCUUCACUGUAGUGCUGCUAGAUGAGAUCGAAAAGGCUCAUCCCGAUAUCUUCAAUAUUCUCCUUCAGUUGUUUGAAGAUGGUCACCUAACAGACUCUCAGGGAAGAAGAGUGUCAUUUAAGAAUGCCUUGAUAGUUAUGACUUCUAAUGUGGGUUCGACAGCCAUAGUAAAGGGUAGACAGAAUACUAUCGGCUUCUUGCUUGCUGAUGAUGAAUCAGCAGCCUCCUAUGCUGGUAUGAAAGCAAUAGUGAUAGAAGAGCUCAAGACAUACUUCCGCCCAGAGUUACUGAACAGGAUAGACGAAGUAGUGGUAUUCCGUCCACUAGAGAAGACCCAGAUGCUCGAGAUACUAAACCUGAUGCUUGCGGAGGUAAGAGCUAGGCUUGUUUCAUUUGGAAUAAGUUUGGAGGUAUCAGAAGAUGUAAUGGAGCUUAUAUGCCAGCAAGGAUUUGACAGAAACUAUGGCGCACGCCCUCUGAGGAGAGCUGUCACCCAAAUGGUUGAAGAUCUCCUGAGUGAAUCUUUACUUUCUGGGGAUUUCAUGCCUGGUGAUGUUGCUAUGAUUCAUUUAGAUGAAUCUGGAAAUCCUGUUGUCAUUAACCAGUCAAGCCAGACUAUCCAUUUGUCUGAUACGAACGGAAAUCCAGCUGUCACCGACCGGUGAAGCCGGAAUAUCCAUUUAUCUGAUACAUCUGUACUGUAAGGUAAUAACAGCACGAUAUAGCAACCUGUAUAUGAGUAAUUCUUUGUAUAGCUUUAGACAUAGCUGAUUCAUACAUGUAAAGACAUGCCACAGAAUUUUUUCAACAAUGUAUAAGCUCUAAUGAUCAUUGUAGUAUAUUGAUGAUCAUGUAUUUAACGCUACAAAUUUAUUCUGCUAAUAACAGAUGAAGAAGCUUACCCUAGUUCACCUUA